UCCCUGGGGACACACAGAGUGCUCCAGAGCUCUGAUCUGCACAAAGCUACAGAGAGCUUUACUGCUAACAAGACACUGGAUUAUUAAUGACACAGUCUGCUGGCACUGACACACACCAAACACUGCUGCAGAUCAUCAAGAUCUUCCACAAGCCUUUUCAGUUAACAUCACCAUAACGCACAAGAAUGAGGAGAAGCUUUGCCUACUCUUGCCUACUGUUUCUUCUCCUGAUGGAUGGAUGCCGAUUAGAACAUAUAAAAAACCCAGAGACAUACUGUGUAUUCCAAGACAGAAAAUACCACCUUGGAGAGAGAUGGCAUCCUUACCUGGAGCCAUACGGACUUGUUUAUUGUGUCAACUGCCUGUGUCGAGAGGGUGGGAAUGUUCUGUGCAGCAGAGUGAGAUGCCCAAGUCUUCACUGUGCCAAUCCAGUGUACGUCCCACAGCUGUGCUGUCCACGAUGCCCAGGAGAUGGCAUGGUGUCCUGGGAACAUCAUGAACCAGAAACAUUUCGUCAACCAGCAAAUAGAGAAGCAAGACAUUCUUAUCAUCGCUCUCAUGACUACACAUCAGGCUCGAGCUCCGGCAGACAGAGCUUGCCCAGAUAUCCCAGCACAAGAAGUAACCGCGGUGUCCUCUCAGAUCCACAGCAAGCUUCGGGAACCAUCGUGCAGAUAGUCAUCAACAACAGCCACAAACACGGCCGAGUAUGUGUCUCAAACGGGAAAACAUACUCCCACGGAGAGUCUUGGCAUCCGACCUUGAGAGUGUUCGGAGUGGUAGAAUGUGUUCUCUGUACCUGCAACUUCACCAAGCAGGAAUGCAAGAAAAUCAGCUGCCCAGAGCAAUACACGUGUAAAUAUCCUCAGAAGAUAGAUGGGAAAUGUUGUAAAAUUUGCCCAGAGGAGAUUUCUGACCCUCAUUCUGGAGAUAAAGACUAUCCGUGUGGUGACGAGACGCUCCCUGUGUUCGAGUCUGUAUUACUAGAGGAAGGGGAGACGGUGAGGAAAAUAGCAGUGGUCACGGAGGACCCUCCUUUAGCAGAAAUUCAUGUGUGGACAAUACAGAAAGGUGUCCUGAGCCAGUUUUACACAGAAAAAAUGUCUAGGAAAGAAUUUGAAGAACAGCAGGAAUUCAAACAGAUAACAAGAACUACACCAAGCCAGUGGAAAAUCUUCAGUGAGGGAGAAGCACAGAUCAGCCAUAUGUGUGAAACGCGAGUUUGCCGGACAGAAUUGGAAGACUUGGUGAAGGUUCUGUACCUAGACAAGCCUGAAAAGGGUCAUUGUUGAGAGCCAGAGUCCUAAAAAGAAGAGAAACCCGGAAGCCGACUGAAGACAUUGGAUUGCGUGCCGGAUUGCAGGGUGAUUCUGCUUAAGUCAACAUUGUCGCCAAACCCAGAAUGCAAGGACUAUUAAACAUGAUGUGUUGCAGAAAGUAAUUGGCAGAUCCAAGUAUGUAGGAGUCUGUGAGCAGUUAAAUGCUUCCUCUUAUGCCUUAGAGGGCUGGCAUCAGCUCUGAAAAAACACAGGUUACUUCUUUAUGAGAAAAAUGUUUAUUUGGAAAGUUAAUAUUAAUGGAAUAAGCAUAACUUAGGUGAAGAACAGAAUGGCCAAGAUGUACAAAAUACAUAAUGUGCGCGUACGAAUAUGUGUGCAUCGGUGCCUUGUGUAUGUAGCUGCAUUUUGACACGCAUUGCAAAUAAAGCGAUAUGCAAAUUUGCACA